GUUUUUUUAACCAAAAUUUUGACUACCAAAUCGGCGCAAACGGAGAAGGAGAAGAAGAGAAGGGGAAUUCAGCCAUGGGGGUUACCUUCGAGAUCCCGAAUGAGUACGGCUUCGUCGUUCUCGUCCUCGUCUCCUACGUCGUCCUCAACGCCUGGAUGGCGAUCCAAGUCGGCAAGGCGCGCAGGAGGUACAAUGUGCCCUAUCCCUCCCUAUACGCGAUCGAGUCGGAGAACAAGGACGCCAAACUCUUCAACUGCGUCCAGAGGGGGCACCAGAACUCGCUGGAGAUGAUCGCAGUGUUCUUCGCCACGCUUCUGGUGGCCGGGCUGCAGUUCCCGGUCGCCGCCGCGGCGAUCGGCGCCUUAUACACGGUCGCGCGAUGGUUCUACUUCAAGGGAUACUCCACUGGCGUGCCGGAGAACCGCCACAAGAUCGGGUGGCUUAGCUUCUUGGCGAUCUGGGGGCUUAUAAUCAUCACGGCGGCGAUGGGGAUAAGCUUGAUCGUGAGGGAUCUGCUGUGAUGCUGCUUUGGUUUCUUGGCGGUGCAAUGAGCAUAUUGUUCGUUUUUUUAUAUUUUUUAUGUCAGGUAUCCAUAUGGUGUUCGUUAAGUUCGAUUCGGUUCGUUUCCA